GUGUUGUCCGUGGCUACCCCACGUCAAGACAACAGGCCGCCCAGCGCACGAUCCUCUCUCCACGCUCACUUCUCUCCAAUGGACAACCCGCUAAACAACAGUCUACCCGCCAUAGCCUGAGCUUUUAGUAAAUCACGUCUGUAUAAGGGGAAACAAAUCGAUCGGAUAGAAAGUAUACACUUCACGGAGAGGUUACGUACAAGGCCCGGCACGUGCAUUUGAGAAGGGAACUCCAGAGGAUUUUUGUUUCACGAUCUCAAACGAGGUAUUUUUCAACAUAAUAUCCCCCAGGUUGUAAUGAUUAGCUGAGGUUGUUUAUUAUUUGAAGAUCAACCUUCAUCAGCGGCAAUCCACGGAGAUCUUUAUUGACUGGCAGUGUCUGGGGAGGAAAAAGAAAAGAGACAUUCGGCUGCUCGGUGGAUUAUUUUUGUGGUGGGACGAUCAAGAUUUUGGAAAUUCGAACCCGCAAAAAUUUCUGGUCAACUUGGCGAGGCUUGGCUUGGAUUUGGCACUUCGUACAUCGCAGACUCGUCUUACUAGUUUCUUCGGCCUGUCUACAACAAUCACAAGAGCAUCAACAUUGUCUUGAAGACCUAGAGAAGACAGAAGAUCGGCCAGUAAGGAGGGUUGCCGCCUGGAUUGGAGAAGAUUCGAACCCAGCAUUCCUGAUUCGCAGUCUGGGACGUCCGUGAAAGAAAUCUUGUUUGUAGGAGAUUCCCACCGGACAAGCUUUUUAUUAGUCGGAUGAUCCACGGUUCCCAGACGCAGGAAAUCUUCACAAUUCGGCGUUCAGACUUUGUUGAGGGUGUUUCCAGGGGGAUUAGCAGGUGAAAAAGCCGUUCUGGUACGCGAUUGUGCCCGGUUUGUUCCACCAGGCGAGUCGAGAGGCACUCCACUCGGUCCUCAGACGCUAUAGACGCAUCUGGUGAGAUUUCAGCAUGGGGCUCAGGUGACAAGACCAGGAUUUUGCCGCGAUGGAAAAAUAUGAGAACUUGGGUUUAGUGGGGGAGGGCAGCUACGGUAUGGUCAUGAAAUGUCGGCACAAAGACACAGGACAACUGGUCGCCAUCAAGAAAUUCUUGGAAAGUGAAGACGACAAAAUGGUGAAAAAGAUCGCCAUGAGAGAGGUUAGGAUGCUAAAGCAACUACGUCACGAAAACCUUGUGAAUUUGAUAGAAGUUUUCCGGAGAAAGAAGAGACUAUAUCUAGUAUUUGAAUUUGUGGACCACACAGUUCUAGACGAUCUAGAACGAUAUCCAAACGGACUGAACGAAACUCACGCCAAGAGGAUAUUGUGGCAAGUGUUGAAAGGAACAGAAUUCUGCCAUAAUCACAACAUCAUCCACAGAGAUAUCAAACCAGAAAACAUCCUAGUUUCCAAGUCAGGGAUAGUCAAGCUGUGUGACUUCGGUUUCGCGCGGACGUUAGCCGCGCCGGGAGAGGUCUACACGGACUACGUCGCCACGAGGUGGUACCGAGCGCCGGAGCUGCUAGUAGGGGACACCAAAUAUGGCAGGGCUGUUGAUAUCUGGGCGGUUGGUUGUCUGUUAGCCGAGAUGUUGACGGGAGAGCCUCUGUUUCCAGGGGACUCCGACAUCGACCAACUUUACCACAUCACCAAGUGUUUAGGAAACUUGACCCAGAGACACCGAGAGAUUUUCCACAAAAACCCGCUCUUCGUCGGGAUGAGGUUACCUGAGGUCAAGGACGUUGACCCGGUGGAAAAGAAGUUUCCCAAGGUCAACCCGAUGGCCGUGGACCUCAUGAAGCAAUGUCUCCAGCUGGAUGCAAACGACCGUCCCAGCGGCACUCAUCUGCUCAAGCACAAGUAUUUCCAGAAGGACAACUUUGCUGAGAAGAUUCAGGCUGAUCUCAAGUCCAAAAUACAGAAGGAAUACCAGAACAAUCCACUGCUGAGUAAGGAAGAGUCAGCAGACGGGGAAGGAGACAGAAAAGCCAAGAAGGCGAAAAAGAACAAGGAGAAAGAAAAGGAGAAAGAGAAAGAGAAGGAGCGGGAAAAGGAAAAGGAGAAGGAAAAGGAUGAUCACCAAGAUUCAAAAGAGAACAAGGAAAGCAAGACGACAAUGAAGGAUGCCGGCGUCCACGACAAGCCCAAGAAAAAGCUUUCCGAGGGGGAAAAGUUCAACAAGAAAGCCACGCCACCCCCUAAGAAAAACACCCCACCCCCCCAGAAGUCCACCCCUCCCCCCCACACCACCGCGGCAGCAACGAAAACAACGGCGGCCUCGCACACGGAAGCCAAACCCGCAACUCAGACUGCUGUGACAAAAGACGUGUACAGAGUCACGGAUAACACGGACGCAGAAAGCGUGGUAACCGUGCACACGGACUCCCCGCGCGUGCCUGGGCACCACGGGUCCAUGCUAACUACGCCCAUUCCCCCCAUUCCCGGUCAGGGCACCAAAAUGAGCCAUAGCUACGCGGCAAACGUGGCGUCAACUCUCCAGAGCCAAGCCUCCAUCAACAACUUGAGCAUGGGGAUGGGCGGAGGCAUGUCGACAGGGCCACCACCAUUGAGUGCUUGGAUGAGGGAUCUGAACAAUAUGAGAGUAAAUGAGAAGAAGAAAUCCCACAAUCCCUACAAAAAGCCAGCGCAGGCCCCUCCUCCUCCAAACCACCACAGCACCACCAUAUCAGGAGGCUCCCAGGCACAGCAGUCCUAG